AUUACCCGCUGGCCCUCUUCUUCUCUCCCAUACAUUUACCCAGCACAUGGCCUGGUAUUAUCUGGCGCGUUGCACCCUCGUUCCUUGUCCUGGCGUCUUCUUCCACGCUACCCAGGCUUGAGUCCACCAAACUCACACAUUGGCACUCAUGAUGGCGCCAGUCACCCCUCCGAAUCCGCUACCGCCGGACGAGAACGUUAACCCAAUCCUCCUUGGUGUCUCCGGCGUGCUAAUAUUCUUCGUCGUCUUCACAACUUCGAUUCGCCUCUACGUUCGGUUUUCAUUACGGCAUCUGGGAUGGGACGACUAUCUUAUGGGCAUCGUCGCCAGUCUCGGCAUCGUCAGAUAUGGCGUUCAGUGCGCGCAAGGGAACACGGGUAACGGGAAGCACCGAUGGUACAUUUCGACUGAAGAAUACGUUAACAACAACAUGCUUGGAUGGUUCGCGCAAAUCCUCCUAUUCGCCAGUAUCUGCUUGCUUAAGUGCUCCAUCAUGCUAUUGCUGCUACGCAUCAAAGACUCCAGCAGGCUUAAAUACUUCCUGUGGUCCGUUAUGGCUGGUCUGGUCAUCACCAACUUUGGGGUCAUUAUCAUCCUGCUCGCCGAAUGCGAUCCCGUCAACGCGUACUGGACUGGAAAUGGAGUGUGCUGGGAGGCCAAGAUUCGGAUAUACUCGAUUUACUUGACCAUCUCAUACUCCGUUGCGACAGACCUAUUAUGUUCCCUGUUGCCUCUAGUCGUAGUCUGGCAAGUCCGCAUACCACUAUCGACCAAGCUUUCGGUUGGGGCACUGAUGAGUCUCGGUUUGAUUGCAACUGGCUUUGGUAUCGCUAGAGCAUCCUCUCUAGGCCUGGUAACAAACGACUUGAGUUACGUCUAUGCAGUAACCGCAAUCUGGUCUAACCUUGAACUUUACAUUGGAAUCAUUGCUGGAAACCUGGCUCUCUCCAGAUCCCUCUGGUUCUACUUCUUUGGAGAAAAGCAACUUCCUAGCUCCCACCCCUCAGGGUACGGGAAUUCCUCACAUCGGUCUCGAUCCGCAUACAACAACGGCAGCAGAUUACACGGCGACAAUGGCGGCAACACCGACACAUUCAUCCGCUCGGAGCGCAGGCCCUCCAUAUCAAAGAGCGAUCACAGCGAUAUCCCACUUGAACCGGGUAUUCAGAAGCGAACAGAAUUCUGGAUCUCGGAAGAGGACGUCGACAGCAGCGAUAGUCAUGAUGCGGCAGCGAUAAGAAGAACGACACGGCAGGCGUCAUUAUGAGAGGCAGUGUGCAUUGGCAAACAAUGACACAGACAAAGUACACGCAGCCCGGAGUGGGCUUACUUACGCAUUUACGGUGUUGAUGGGGAAAGAGGAGCCUCUUGAAAGCGUCGUCAGAUACCCCGGCAGGGAAGACCACAGUGGGCGCGUGAACUCGUAUCAUACGCACGAUCAUGAUUCAUGAAGUUACCGCCGGCUUCCCUGCCCUGCGAUUGUUGCUUUUUACGCGUAUCGUUGUACAGUGACUUAUACAAAGUACGAUAGGAUAUGAGAUAACGAAUUUUCAAA